UUUGUCCUCUUCUUACAGAAAUCACCACACAAUCCAUUAUAAAUCUUCCAUCCUUCUCUGUUCUCAAAAUCAUCAGAAGAAGAAACACAUAAAAUGAGUCAUUUCCUAUGGUUUCUUCUCUCACUCUUCCUCCAACUCCCAUCCUUUUUUGCUCAAUCUCAAACUUACAUAAUCAGAGUCCAAAACGACUUAAAGCCCUCUGUGUUUUCUAAUGUUGAGAAUUGGUAUAAAUCCACUCUUCAAACUCUUGACACCUCUCAACUAAUGAAGGACUCUGAAGAGCUUUCCAAUACUCAAGAGUUUCUCCACAUAUAUAAAACAAUUUUCCAUGGCUUUUCCACUACACUUACCUCCCAACAAGCUGAGCAGCUCAAAAACCAGCCUGGAAUCCUCGCUGUCAUGCCUGACCAACUCCGCCAAAUCCAAACAACUCGCACUCCAAUAUUUCUUGGACUCGAAGGGAAAAAUCCUUCGAGUUUAAUCACUGAAUCUGACUCCGGUUCAGACGCCAUAAUUGGGAUCUUCGACACGGGUAUCUCGCCAGAAUGCCGUAGCUUCCAUGACCAAGGCCUUCCUCCAAUUCCCACACGUUGGAAAGGCGAGUGCGUUGAAGGGGGAAAUUUUAAAAAAUCACACUGUAACAAAAAAUUAAUCGGAGCAAAAUAUUUCAGAGCGGCUUAUGAAGCGAGCAUGAAAAUGAAAGAUGUGAAUAUUAGCGCGGAACUUAAGUCCCCUAGAGACACGCAUGGUCAUGGUACUCACACGGCCUCUACUGCAGCUGGCCGAAAAGUUAGUAACGCAUCGCUGCUCACUCUCGCAGCUGGUGUAGCCAUCGGUGUAGCACCGAAAGCCCGAAUUGCAGCGUACAAAAUAUGCUGGAAAAAAGGCUGUUCUGACGCUGAUAUUCUCGCGGCGUUUGAUGCAGCUGUUGAAGAUGGUGUGGAUGUGAUUUCGUUGUCAGUAGGUGGGGGAACGCUCCCAUACCAUCUUGACCCGAUUGCUAUAGGAUCGUACGGAGCAAUGGAGAAAGGAAUUAUUGUAUCUGCUUCUGCGGGUAACGAAGGCCCUGUUGCACAGUCGGUUGCAAAUGUUGCCCCGUGGAUCACAACUGUUGGAGCUGGCACGAUUGAUAGGAGAUUUCCAGCUGAUUUGAAGCUGGAGAACGAUAAAAUUAUUACUGGCGCCGCGAUUUAUUCAGGUCAGGAUGUGCCUUAUACACCGAUUGUUUAUGCAGGGCAUGCUUUUAUUCGUGAACAAGGGUUUAGUAAUUUUUCUGGAGGAGCUUGUAUGCCGAAAUCUUUAGAUAGUGAUUUGGUUAAGGGGAAAAUCGUGAUAUGUGAUAGAGGAGGAACGUCUCGUGCCACGAAAGGGGAGACUGUGAAAAUUGCUGGUGGGAUUGGAGUUGUGGUUGCGAAUUUAGCAACAACCGGAGAAGGAUUAGUCGCUGAUGCUCAUGUAAUUCCUGGUUUAUCCGUUACUGCAUCGGCUGGUAAAAAGCUUCGAGCUUAUGUUAAAUUAAAUAAAAAUCCGAGGGCUAGUAUCGUUUUUCGUGGUACUCAAGUGGGAGUGAAGCCAGCACCCGUGGUGGCGUCGUUUUCAGCUAGAGGGCCUAAUGCUGAAUCAAUUUAUGUUCUAAAACCUGAUAUAAUCGCGCCAGGUGUUGACAUCCUUGCAGCAUGGCCUAAUGAAGCACCGCCGACUGAAUUAGCCAUGGACACGAGACGCACUGAUUUUAACAUACUGUCAGGGACAUCGAUGUCGUGCCCUCACGUAUCAGGCCUUGUCGCGUUACUCAAAGGAGCCCAUCCUGAUUGGUCACCAGCAAUGGUGAAAUCAGCGCUCAUGACCACGGCCUACACAAUGGACACUGAGGGCAGGCCUAUUCGCGAUGAGAAAGCAUAUAAUGAUUCAACAAUAUGGGACAUGGGAUCGGGACAUGUGGAUCCUGACAAGGCGGUUGAUCCAGGAUUAGUUUACGACUUGACAAGUAUUGACUAUUUAAAUUUCUUAUGCUCGUCAAAUUACAGUCGCCAAGAUAUCCGAUUAAUUGCUAGACGGUCACUAAGGUGUAACAAAACGAAACAGAGGCCUUGGGAUCUGAAUUACCCAGCAAUUGUAGUGGCUUUCGAAGAAUCUGAAGCGUCAAGGUUUGAAGUUAUUGUGAGAAGAACAGUGACACAUGUUAGCGAGAAUGCGUCUAGUUACACAGCAGAAGUUAUUAGUCCGAAACAUGUGAGUGUGAGUGUUGAUCCGCCAAGGAUGAGGUUUACUAAGAAAGGUGAGAAACAAAGUUAUACGGUUCGGAUUUCGGGCAAGAAGAUGGGAGUGUCUGCCGGGAGUAUGUUGUCUGAAGAGGGGAAAUUGAUAUGGAGAGAUGAGCAUCAUGUGGUGAAUACACCUCUUGUUGUGGUUUAUCAGAAGCCUUUGUUUUAGAUUCUGUUGUAAUGUUUGAUCUAGUAUAUGUAGAAAUCUAUGACAAACUUUGACUUGUUCAAGUUUUUGGUGUAAUGUUAGUUCAUGUCUGAAUGUAAGAGUUGCUUAACUGGAA